AUGAAGUUUAGCAAAAAGUUGCAGGAGCGGAUGCAUCCCAAGUAUAGGGAGCACUACAUCGCCUACAAGGAACUGAAGAAAGCCAUCCGGUUGAUAACGGGGAAGGACACCUCCACGUUCACCAUAAAAGAAGUGACAACCAACUUUGGGAGCACCCGGGCGCUGAGCGGAGCAGAGUACCAGUCGGCCGAGUCCAGGUUCCAAAACAUCCUAAAUGGAGAAUUGGAAAAAAUUAAUAAAUUCACUAGAAGGAUGAUAAAGGAGUGGUACGACGAUGCGAAAAUCUGUCUGGAAAAGUUGGAAAAGUUGGAAAAAUUGCAAAAAUUGCAAAAAGGAGACUCCUUACUAGACCUACCUGACGUUGUGAAGCAGCUGAACCAGUUGGGAAGCACCUUGAAGUUUCUCGACAGCUACAGAAUUAUAAACUUUACCGGAUUCAGAAAAAUUACAAAAAAAUUCGACAAGCAUAAUGAGAAGGUUGUUAGUUCUUCCUUCUACAUCACUGUGGUUAUCAGGAGCUUUUUCAUGAGCUACGACAUGAACCUACUGGUCUGCAUUUUAUCUCUUUGCUACAAGCAUUAUAGGGAUAGGGGGGUUCGAAACGUAACCUCUGUGAACGUCGCCACGGGGGAUGACCUCGAGGGGAAAUCAACAAACCAUCUGGUAGUUACCCCAACGCAGAGCCUCCCCCCGAAACCACCAGGGGAGAACCCACUCGGGGAGGAACACCAUGAAGAGGAAAGUACAUCUACCUUUGAAAAGAAAAACGGAAACAUAUUUUCCCAAAGUGGAGAAUCACAGGGUAAUGCACCUUCCCCCCCCGUCGAUGGAGAGAACCCACGAAAGGGGACUAGACACACUAAAUAUAUAGUAAAGGCACAGAACCUAAUCAACGCAAAAGUAGAGAUCAGCAAAUACUACACCUUCCAUUACUACGACAUGGAGGAGCAUGAAUUGAUGCCCCCCUUCGAACGCUUCAUAGAAUUAAUAUCCACGUCGAAGGUACAGAACGACCUUACAACUAUCUACUUCGAUGACGCCACAUUUGGUAGGUACCACAAGUAUGUGAACGGAAGUAGUGAGCAUGGAAGGAGUAACCAAUGUGUUCGGUUACGAUGUUAUAGAUACGUAGAUGCAGAGAAAGAAUCCACAAAAACGGUGAUUCAGCAUUUUAAUUUAUUUGAACCCAGUUGCGAACCCAAUGAGAGGUAUGUCUUCCCUAAGGAUGUCCCCCAGGAGGACCUCAAAAUAGGUUGCGUCGGCGAUUUGUACAACCUGAGGAGGGGUGAUUCCUCCAAUGGGCCCCAUUCAGUGCACGGUUCAGACUCCCUACAAAUGCAACACCAUGACAGAUGCAUCCGUGAGGUGGAGAGGAAUAAGCUAACCGGCUGUCUCAAAAGUAAAGUGAACAGAAUCCACUUUGGUGAUGACCACGUUAGUGGUUACAUCGACGAGAAUAUCUGCUACUGGGUUCAUACAGAUAAGGGAGCCAUUCACCGGUGUGAAGAGGUCGACUCCGUGGAUGGAGACCACAGUGAGUUGGACGAACCGAGCAAAGGAAAACAGCACAACGGUGUCCCCAAUUCAGGACACCACGAUGCAGACCAAUACAAAACAUGCAACGAAGAAAAAACGACUCCGAAAGGAAGGAGAAAGUACGCCUACUUCGACUAUGCAGUGAUCGAUGUCAGCGUGAAGGAACUCUCCGGCAGAGACUUCUCCUUCCAACUGAACCACCUAGGUGUAGUUAAAGAAAUUUGGGGGUACUCUUCCUACCUGCAAGGCAUCUCUAUGCUUUACCCACACCGCAUUUCCACAGCUCCCCACUGGCGCAUCUACACGCACCCCGACUGGACAAAGUUAAACGCAGGGGAGAGUUCCAACAGGGGGAAGAAGAAGACGAAGAAGGGAGGAACAGGUUUAGAUGUUGGAACAGGCCAAAAUGAAGCAAAGCAAAGGAAAAAUAAAAAAAACAGACGUGGGACCCUCCAAGGGAAAGAAAGUAACAAACCACUUCCCUCCGAAGAAAAAAACCACACAGACAUCAGCUCAAGUGAAAAUACCGCCGAAUACACAGAAACGGUAGAGAAGCAUCCUAGUGGAAAAAAAGACGAAAACAAAAAGGGAAUCACCUACACUGGUGCAUCCGCAAGAAUUGCUCACGAGAGUGAAGUGAUUUUUCGAAACGAGAUCGAAAGGAAUAAGCCCCCAUCUGCGCGUCACAUCCAUUUGAACAUUGACAGUCUAGGAAGUCGAGACUACUGCAACAACCGGGGAGGUUACAUUCGUGGACCAUACAGUGGGAACAGUAACAACAAUCAUAGGAAGGAGUUUCUCGAAAAGGAGAUACAAUCCACCGUUGGAUACACUCUCGCAGAAGACAACAACCUGUAUGAACCGCUUUUAGACCCUAUGGAGGAGACCCCUUGUAAGGGUAAGAAAUCCUCGUCCUGUGGAAUCACCUCCUUUUUCAAGAAAAUAUUUUUUUGUAAAAACAAUAUUGUUGAGAUAAAAAGACCCAAAACUGCAGUCGUGAGAGUAGAACCCAAGACGUUUUUUGCCAAUGAGAGAACCCUACUGCAGUGGCUAAACACCAGUGUCCUCCUCUCUACCAUAUCAAUCACCCUUUUGAAUUUUUCCAACUCGUAUGGAUUCGCCUCUGGAGUUAUUAUGGCCCCUGUGGCCAUUUUCUUCAUCCUGUACUCCUUCCACAUUUAUCUGAAGAGGGCAGAGGCGCUCAUCAACAAGGAACCGAUCAACUACACAGACAAGGUAGGACCCGGGGUGCUGGUCAUCACCCUGACGUUUGCCCUGUCUACGGUCGUCCUGCUAAAUAUUUACAGCCGAUUGAAGGGGGAGGUGUGA